AAAGAGGUAGUUUAUUUUGUCCCCUCAGGUUUCUCUUAAGAAACACGUGAGGGCGUUGCUAGUACUUUUCCCACUCCGUCAUGUCAGCUUUUUUAAAAGUUUGCUUCAUCUCUCCAAUGAGGGAAUUUAGAGUUCAGUUUUUUAAAGGAAACAGCCUUUGACAGCCCCAGGUGUCUUGACAAGACUCUCCUAAGUCAGCCACCCCUUACAAACAUAAUGGCCGACCCAUGGCAGAAUGAAUAUGACUUUGCUGUUCAAGUGGCAAGAGCAGCUGGAGCGAUAAUUAGGAAUGCCGGGGAGGAUGAAAUAAAGGUCCAGACAAAAAGCUGCGCUGUAGACCUUGUCACUCAGACUGACGAAAGGGUGGAGAAAAUCAUCAUCGGGUCUCUUAAAGAACAAUUUGGAAAUGGCACACACUGUUUUAUUGGAGAAGAGUCAGUCGCAAAAGGAGAGCCAUGUAUCUUAACUGACAAACCUACAUGGAUCAUAGACCCUGUGGACGGCACCACCAACUUCGUGCAUGGAUUCCCAUUCGUGGCUGUGUCUAUUGCCUUUGCUGUGAAUAAAGAGUUGGAGUUUGGUGUGGUGUACAGCUGCUUGGAAGACAAGAUGUAUAAAGCAAGGAAAGGGAAGGGAGCUUUCUGCAAUGAUGAACCGAUUAAGGUGUCCGAUGUAAACGACAUCAAUAAGUCCAUUAUCAUCUCUGAGCAUGGAACUGACAGGAGCAUAGAAAAGGUAACCAAGAUCUUCUCAACCAUGCAGAAGAUCCUCUGCAUCCCAGUGCAUGGGCUCCGUGGGUCAGGGACAGCUGCCACUAACAUGUGUCUGGUGGCGUCGGGGGCGUCGGAGGCCUUCUUUGAGAUUGGGAUCCAUUGCUGGGACAUUGCUGCCGGAGCGGUUAUAGUCAAAGAAGCUGGCGGGCUAGUACUGGAUGUUAAUGGGGGGCCGUUUGAUUUAAUGUCUCGAAGGAUGGUUUCAGCAAACAACAAGGUUAUUGCUGAUAGGAUCAUCAAGGAAAUUGAAAUAUUCCAAGUGGUGAGGGACGACGCUCCGAUACAGAAGAAAUGACAAUAUCCAAAUGGGAGAGGAGUCUAUCCCAGCCAAUUACUGUAUGUCAAAAUAAAAAGUCACUUUGCUGUAAUCACUACUGAUUGUCUUUCAAUUUGCAUACUGGGUGUGUUUCAUCGGCUGCACUUUUUUAACCAAAGGAAAUCAUU